AUGGAUCCUCUUUCGGGUGCAGCAAGCGUUAUUGCAGUCAUCCAAGUGACCGGAAGUAUCGUACAAAUAUGUCGGAAAUAUCUGAACAACGUCAAUAACGCGACACGAGAUAUUCAACGCCUACAAGAGAAGAUCGUUGUCCUUGCCCAAGUUCUUCAAUCUCUCGAUGAGCUGAUCCACAGAUCAAAUGGCAAUAGACUUACUACAACUACGCAAAACCUAAUCCUCAAUAUCGCUAAAUGCUCUUCGACACUUAAAUGUUUGAAAGAGAAAAUCGAUCCCAAAACGACACAAAGAGGGAUGAGGAAAUGGGGACUUCGAGCGUUUAAAUGGCCGCUGGGACGGUCGGAGGUAGAUGAUGCUAUCAUGGAGCUUGAGUGGUACAAAACAACAUUCGCUUUGGCUUUGCAGGUUGAUCAAACGAGGUCUACCAAUUCAAUCAACCAGAAGAUAGACCUUAGUCAACUACAACCUGCAAAAGGGGCUACGUUCGACUCCUACGACAAUCAGCAUAGCGAAUGUCUUCCGGGGACGCGAAUUGACCUACUUCGAGAAAUCGAGGAGUGGGCAAAAGCGCCGCACGGAAAAUGCAUAUUCUGGUUAAAUGGCAUGGCUGGGACAGGGAAAUCAACAAUAUCCCGAACAGUUGCAAGCCAUCUUCAAAAGCAGCAGCUUCUCGGGGCGAGCUUCUUCUUUAAGCGAGGUGAAGAAGAUCGAGGAACGGCAAGAAAGCUUUUUCCGACCAUAAUCGAGCAACUGGUCAUCGGCAUACCUCAUUUGAUGCCUCAAGUUCAAAAAGCAAUUGAUGAUGACCCUAAUAUCUCAGAAAAGGUGUUGAGAGAACAAUUUGAACAUCUUCUACUAGGUCCACUGUCAAGAAUUAAGCAGAGCGAAGAGACCAUGACUAAAGUGAUCGUGAUUGAUGCUCUAGAUGAAUGUGAUUUGGAAGAUGAUAUAGGGGUUAUUCUCCAGCUCUUGCCACAAGUCUACAAAUCAACUUCCGUGCAACUACGAUUUCUAUUAACAAGCAGACCCGAGUUGCCGAUCAGGCUAGGCUUCGAAAAAAUCACCGAUGCCUACCAGGAUUUAGUCCUCCAUGAGAUCGAAAAACUAGUUAUUGAGCACGAUAUAUCUUUAUAUGUGGACGAUCAGUUACUCCGUCUACAACAGAGCCGCUCAUUUCCACUAGACUGGCCCGGAGACGUAGCUAGAAAGAAAUUGGUUGAUAGGGCCGUCCCUUUAUUCAUUGCAGCAGUUACAUUAUGUCGCUUCAUAGGUGAUGCGAAUUGGAACCCUCAAAAGCGACUUGCAGCGAUAUUGGCAGACCAGUCGACCUACGUGUCCAAGAUGAACAGGACCUAUAUUCCCGUGUUGAAGCAACUUCUCACCGGGCAGGAUGAAGCGGAGUCGAAGCAGUUACUCGAAGAGUUCAAGGAGAUAGUCGGCGUUAUCAUUAUUCUUGCAACUCCGCUCUCGAUUAGCUCCCUAAGCCAGCUGAUUAACAGAGGACCAGAGGAUGUCAAAUGUCGAUUAGAUCGGCUCCACUCCGUGCUCAGUGUACCGAACGAUUUCAACUCACCCGUCAGGCUUCUCCAUCUGUCAUUCCGAGACUUUCUCCUGGAUCACCACGAACACAAAGACGAAUUCUGGAUCAACGAGAGAUAUGCAAACCAGCAACUUACAACAAAGUGCAUUCAGACAUUGCAGCAAAAUCUAAGGAGGAAUAUCUGCAAUUUACCAAACGAAGGCACACAAUGUACUGAAAUUAGCAAAGCUUCAAUUCAGCAUUAUAUAACCCCCGCACUGAAAUACGCCUGUCGAUACUGGGUCCAUCAUCUGGUACAAUGCACGGACGUAACUGGGAUGGUGCAAGAUGCAUUCUUAUUUCUCCAGACGCAUUUUUUGCACUGGGUGGAAGCAAUGAGCCUACUGGGCCUUACGUCGGAGAUACUUGGUAUCCUUGAUCGCCUCCAAGCGGCCACAUCGGGCAACGCCUCUUCCAUAAUAUCGGAUUUCCUUCACGAUGCAAAGCGCUUUAUCCUGAAAAAUGGCCAAAUAUUUGAUCAGGCGCCCCUUCAGAUAUAUUGCGCAGGACUUAUAUUUGCACCCCGAACGGCAAUAAUCCGUAGACAGUUCAAACAGAAGCUUCCUACUUGGAUAUGUCAGUUACCAAGAGUUGAGGAAAGAUGGGGUUCAGAAUUACAAACACUCGAGGGCCAUUCAGGCAUGGUUUGGUCGGUGGCCUUCUCGCCCAACGGCCGCCUGCUGGCGUCCGCCUCUAACGAUGAGACAGUGCGCCUCUGGGACCCAGCCACAGGCGCGCUCACGCAGACACUUAAGGGCCAUUCAGACGCGGUUGGGUCGGUGGCUUUUUCGUGCGAUGGCCGCUUGCUAGCGUCCGCCUCUAACGAUCGGACAGUGCGCCUCUGGGACCCAGCCACAGGCGCGCUCACGCAGACACUUAAGGGCCAUUUAGACGCGGUUUGGUCGGUGGCCUUCUCUCCCGACGGCCGCCUGCUAGCGUCUGCUUCUGACGAUCAGACAGUGCGCCUCUGGGACCUGGCCACGGGCGCGCUCACGCAGACACUCGAGGGCCAUUCAAACUCAGUUCAGUCGGUGGCCUUCUCUCCCGACGGCCGCCUGCUAGCGUCUGCUUCUCGCGACUGGACAGUACGCCUCUGGAACCCGGCUACGGGCGCGCUCUCACAGACACUCAAGGGCCAUCUAGCCUUAGUCUGGUCGGUGGCCUUCUCGCCUAACGGCCGCCUGCUGGCGUCCGCCUCUUACGAUCUAACAGUACGCCUCUGGGACCCAGCCACAGGCGUGCUCACGCAGACACUCGAGGGUCAUUCAAACGCGGUUCAGUCAGUAGCGUUCUCUUUAAACGGCCGCCUGCUAGCGUCCGCCGGUUGCGAUUGGACAGUACGCGUCUGGGACCCGGUCACGGGCGCGCUCACGCAGACACUCGAGGGCCAUUCAGAUUGGGUUGGGUCGGUGGCCUUCUCGCCCAACGGCCGCCUGCUGGCGUCCGCCUCUAACGAUCGGACAAUGCGCCUCUGGGACCCAGCCACGGCCGUGCUCCCGCAGAUACUCGAGGGCCAUUCAAACUCGGUUCUAUCGGUAGCGUUCUCGUCCGACGGCCGCCUACUAGCGUCUGCUUCUCGCGACUGCACAGUACGCCUCUGGAACCCGGCUACGGGCGCGCUCUCACAGACACUCAAGGGCCAUCUAGACUCAGUUUGGUCGGUGGCCUUCUCGCCUAACGGCCGCCUACUAGCGUCCGGCUCUGACGAUCAGACAGUGCGCCUCUGGGACCUGGCCACGGGCGCGCUCACGCAGACACUUGAGGGCCACUCAGAUUGGGUUGGGUCGGUGGCCUUCUCUCCCGACGGCCGCCUGCUGGCGUCCGCCUCUGACGAUGGGACAGUACGCCUUUGGGACCCGGCCACGGCCGUGCUCACGCAGACACUCGAGGGCCAUUCAUAUUGGGUUGGGCCGGUGGUCUUCUCUCCCGACGGCCGCCUACUAGCGUCUGCCUCUGACGAUAGGAUAGUGCGCCUCUGGGACCUGGCCACGGGCGUACUCACGCAAUCAUGGAAUUCGGAAAGAUCAGUCACUCCACUCAAAUUUUCCCAGGAUGGUUUGUAUCUCCACACCAAAUCAGGCGCCUUUGACAUCCGAUCUAGAUGUGGCAUUCCAACGUCCCCUCCGCCUCAUCCGCCUCAUCCGAAUCGGGGUAUCUCUAUUGAGCGUGGGCAAUGGAUAAAAUUGAAUGGUGAACGUGUUCUCUGGCUCCCUGUCGAGUCUCGGCCGAGCUGUUCCGAGAUCAAUGGUGAUACACUUGCCCUCGCGCACGAUUCAGGGCGGAUUUCCUUCCUCAGGUUCUGUAUAUAG